AUGCAAUCUAACAAUGUCAUGUGGAAGAAGCCCAAAGCUCUUCUGUGUCAUAUAUGGUAAAAAAGAAAUAGUGGCAGAGAGUUCGGAACUGCAUCCCUCGAAAUCCACCAAAAAAGCUGUGCCAAGAAAUGGGAAGAAAAGGAAGCUUUAAAACCUCCUAAAAUGCGAAAGCCAGUUCCCACAGCUCCACAAGCCGCUUUAGGUAGAACUACUCAGGCUAAUAUAGAUAAGUAUAAUGAAAGUGCCUCCAAAGCUUUUGAAAGCCAAGCAAUGGCGCGAUGCCCUAAUUGUUCUCGGACUUUUUUAGAAGACAGACUUGAAGUUCACCUGCGCAGCUGCACUUCAGCUAAACCUCAUAGGGGAAUUGGACAGGUAUCUGCAACUCAAGCAAUAAAUGCUGAUGAGGCCUAUGGAAAUGAAGAUAUGAGCUUAGUUUCAUGCAGAAAAUGUGGGAGAAAGUUCAACUCUGACCGUAUUGACUAUCAUCAAAGUGUCUGCAAAGGGCCGACGUCAGCUCCUGCAAAGCCAGUUGUAGCUCCUAGGAAGCCACAAAAAAAGAAAAACGAGAUGCCGAAAUGGAAAAAGGAGCAUAUUGAUUUUGUUAAUAACAUAAAAUAUGCCAAGAAGAUGAAAAUCGUGCAAGAAAGAGGUGGGGAUAUCAGAGAUAUUGCGCCACCCCCACAGAUGUUUGAUCCAACUGAAGAGUAUAAACAAUGUCCGUAUUGCUCGAGAAAAUUUGCUCCUGAGACUGCGCUUAGGCAUAUACCAAAAUGUAAAACAACUAUAAAUAAGCCAAAACCGCCACCAAAAGCGGUUCAAGGCAGUGUUAGAGCACCAGAGCCUGCUAUGCUUGCUCAAAAUAGAGAUGAGCCGAAAAGAAUGAGUCAAAGCUUCAAACCUGCUCCAAGUCAGGCAAAAACAAAUAUUCAGCCAACUGUAAGUCAAAUUAGAGCAAAUGAGCAAAGUUUUAGACCCGCUCCAAGUCAAAUAAAGCAGCCUGAAGUUAGAAGAGCUGACAAUGGUGUUAAAAAUUCUCAGAGUCAAAAGCGCUUACCUAAAUAAAAACAAAUUUUAAAUUAAAUCUAAUGCAAUUAAAUAUAUUUUAUUGCAAAUUUCGAAAGUAAAAAUAAUCUAUUUAAUUUAAAGGCUUAUUAGUCAAAAAUUGUAAAGAAAAGAUUUUAUCAUAAUUAAAUGGGAGAGUUAGAAGAAUCAAAGAAGCAGAUAAAUUCUGAAUCAUUGAAACCAUCCUCAAGAAUUGCAAACCCUACAUCUUCAAAAGUAAACGCUGCCCCUGCUAGCUCUGCCAAUUGUUUUAGAUGCGGUUCAAGAUUCCAGCCAAACGCUAAAUUCUGCAGUUCUUGCGGUUCAAAAAGAUAA